CGUUUUUCCUACGACACGCUCCUAUUAGGUGCCGUUGUACGGUGGUGCCGGAUUGGGGUGUGACAGCAGAGCUGGCGGGGUAGCUCGUGCCCUACUCCCUCCUUGCUAAUCGAUUUAGAGUAGGUACAAUAGAAAGCUAUAUGCCAGCUAUAAACACAUAUCGAGGAGACGAAAGAAGAGAGAGAUGAGCAGCGGGCUACAAAUUUGUAGCCAACUACAGGCAGCAUAGGCUCCAAGACAAAAUGUAUUUAUGACGGGUGGGACCAUGUACUAAUAGUGUAUGAAUUGGUUAUUAAAUUAACUACAAAUAAUUUGGAUCCAGUAGUUGACUAUACUAUUAAACUUGCUCUUAGGUGCAUUCUCCUCCGCUGUAUCUACUCGCCAACUCCCUAUCAUCCACUUUGCUACGAGUUUGCUUUUUCUCUAAUUCAACAAUUUAUCAUCCACUUUGCUUUCUUUAUAAUACGAUGUUGACUGUAUCAACUGUUUCUUCAUUCGUCAUUGAAUUGGAUAAUUUAAAAUAAAACACUUAAAACACCCUUCACUACAUUUAUAGUAUAUGGUUGGGCAAUUGAUUGACCAACUAACAGUUUUGAAAAAACAAAACUUUUGUGCAGGCUCUUUUACACAAUGUAGAAGUUUAUGUUUGCGUUUGAGGAAUUUUUUUCAUUUUUUAAACGAUGACAGCUAGCCAGCGGCCAGCAGAUUAGCACAAUAAUACUAUGAAAAGACCAAAGUGACGUGACCAAUGGCAUCAUACAGUAACAGCACAAGCACACACUACACGCACUCAUUGUUGUACGGCUAAAGAGGUGCACUGGGGCCGACUGGGUAUGCGUUGCCCACGGGAAUAAACAGCACGACGACAUGGGUGCCUGGGUGCACCGAUCCAUGGGCCCUCCUAGUUCCCACACCCACACACCCACACCCACACGUCAAAGACCCACGGUUUCCAACCGAGAAGAUUCAUGCGCGGCUGCCCACUCCGCAUAUUCCGCGUGAAUCCUCUGCUCUCCUCGCCCCGUUCUGCCCAUUUUGCAGCUAUCAACCAUCGCAAACCACCGGCCCAGAGCCGCAUCAUCGUUUGGCUUGGAUCCGCAUCACUGAUUCACUGCACUUCGCCCGCCGUCUGCAAAGUCACCGAUCUGUUUGGUACUUACUUGUACCUUUGCUCACAUGGUCAGACACGCUAUGUUAUGCGCCGACUUGCAAAAAUUCCACUGCUACGUAGCACACUCACCUAUAAAUUGCAUUCACCCGCUUCACACUUUCGCCAAACAAAACCAACCGAAAACAAACAUUCCUCUGAUAAUUAAGUUAUAUUAUACUUCCAAAGAAUCAUCGCCAUCAUGAGUGUGGAGAUCCUCGACGGCAAGACGGUCCUGAGCUUCGUGGAGGACGAGGGCGCCUUCAACUCCUCCGUCGACGGCCGCUUCGCCGCGCUCGACACCAACCGCGACGGCCUCCUCUCCUACGCCGAGAUGGCCAACGAGCUCAUGAGCCUCCGCGUGCUGGACAAGCACUUCGGCGUCGACGAGGCCGCCAUGGGCGCCGACGAGCUCGUGGAGCUGUACCACGGCUUGUUCUUGCGGUUCGACCGCGAUGGCAGUGGCGCCGUCGACCUGGAGGAGUUCCGGGCGGAGAUGAAGGAGGUGUUGCUCGCUGUCGCCAAUGGCCUCGGGUUCCUGCCCGUGCAGAUGGUGGUCGAGGAAGGCAGCUUUCUCAAGGUUGCUGUCGACAGAGAGCUGGCCAAAGCGGCUUGAAAUAUACCUCAACCGGCGAGCAAAUUAAUUUUCACAUGUCCAUUUACGAUUUUGGAUUGCUUCUUAUUGUUCUUACUUCUUGCAUUUGUUGAGCUAUACUAUGUAUCGUUUUGAUAUUUCAGAUGAAAACGGUACAUCGAUAGAACACUUGAAAAAUCCUGUACCAUUUUUAUUUCUAUUUCAUUAUUAUAAAUAAUCGGAACACGACAACUGAUUAAAAAACGAAAA